AACUACACCACACACUUGUUAAUAAGAUGACUUCUAUUGCGAUUAUUGUGUAAGCACGGUGAGUAUUAAAAUUUGUUAGUUACUUAACUGCCUAUAUAAUUUAUAUUCGUAAAUAUAGAUAGGUUUAUAAUAAACGUAAUUGGAUCAAGUGAGGUUAAUCCAAAAUCAAGACGCGUCAAUAAUGCUACUAUAAUAUACAUUGGAGUCUCGAUAGCCCGGCAGUCGUUUUUCAACAGUACCUACACAAAUGAAACAGAUUAUUUUUUGCACCACCUAUAAUCCAAUGAUAAUAAUUGCACUUUAAAUUACCAACAUGAUAAAUUGUAAACAAAUUAAUGAUUGAAUUUACGUAUAGUAAUCGGGUCAUUUUUUUGUCCGAGCAAUACUUAUAAUUUUCCAUUCAAAAGCGCGUUCUCUUUCGAAGUACCAACAAAGUUUUAUUGCUGUCCACAGUCUGAUCUACUGCCUGUUGUAAAAUAGUAUUCAGUACACUCAUCGUUUCUAAAGGAGACAUUUUACUUGUGUCGAUAGAGACACUUUCGUCCUCGUCGUCAAUGUCGUCCUCUUUGCUACGAUUUGUAUGAUUUGAUAAUCGGUUAAGAUUUCGUAAUUCGCCGAAUCUUCGUCUGUGACACGUACUUGAGAACAUGUAUCCUGUAUCUGGUUAUUGAGCGUAGAGAGUUGAAUGCCAUUAUUUUGAGCCAGUUCAUUUGGAUUUAUUAUUGCCAGUACAGAAGGUAAUACGAUUAUUAUUACUGAACGUAAAUAAUGAAAAUAACGAUAAUAAUACCGUCUAAAAAUAUUUUCUCAUAGAUUAUUGAUUCCGGGUUCCGGCAAGGAUGGUAAACUUUUUAAAUUUUUUCGUUUUUAUUUAUCAACCUAAAAAAUAUCGUUUUUGGUUUACGUUAUUAAAAACGUUUUAUUUCGUUAUUAUUAUUAUUAUUUUUUUUUUUUUCGGAACAAAUCUACAUUUGGGACAAUUUGGAGUUGUAUUUCAACGUUUUGAGAAUUAAAGUUUUACCACGUUUUUCAGGGAAAUCAUUAGUUUUAAAGUUAUUGGUCUUUCAAAGUACACGACUUUCGGUGUUUUAAGCUUGUGUAUAACGCAUAGCUUACCACGUUUAUAACGAAGUUUUCGAAAUCUAAGUUAUCAACGUUUUAAAAAUGAUUGUGUAAAAUUAAAUUAUCGAAAAUCAAUGUCUAAUUUUGUACCACCUCAAAAUUUCAAAUUAUAUUUUGGAAUGCAGAAAAAUUUAUGCUAAUAUUGUAUUUUUGAAAUUGCUAAACCAUGUUGGGUAGGUAAUGGAGAAAAGUGAAAAAGUAUUUUAGUACGCGUUCAUCAAAUUUUGGCGAAAAAUGUAAUUAUAUACUUUAAUUCUUAAAACAUUGAAAUACAUAGUUUUACGAAAAAAAAAUUCCAAAAUUUCGAGGUGGGCUAAAACUAUAUUUAUACCAUAUUUUUAAAUUUAUAAUUUUAUAAUAAAAAUUAAUAAUCACUUAAUGUAUAUAUUAUUAUAAUAUAAUAAAUUAUGUAAAAAUAAAAAAUUUGUGUUACUUGUCAUUAUCAAGUUUGUUAGGACCACCGUGUUAGAUUAGGUAUAUCACAUAAGUUUAAAAAACCUAAAUCCAAGAUGGAUUAAUCCACCUUGACUAAAAAGGCUAUAUUAAUUUUUUUUUUCAUUUAAUAACUUUUUUUAAAAAUGUUUUUCAUUCUUUGUUCUGGGAACUCUAGACGGAAUUACCUACCUACGGAUUAUUGUGUUCGCUGAAUCACCGGGUAUCUAGACUAUUGAGGCUCUACUGAACCACUAAUAUAGUACAAUAUGUUUUGAUAACCAAAUUGAUAUUUUGAGAUUACCUAUGUUCAAAAAAUUGAUAUUUGAAAACACCAUUAUUAUUUUUUGUUUUUGCAAUUCAUUUAUUAUUUAUCACAAAUCUAUAAAAAGUAUAUUGAUGAAAUUUGUUCUAAUAGUUUACAUGAAAAUCAUUUUCAUGGUAUCAAUGAAAAUGGCACUUUUACUAUAUAAAUUAGAUAGUAUAUAAAUGUUUUAAUUGAAAAUGUACAAUAGAUAAAAGUAUUAAAUUUAGGUGAUGGCAAAAAAAAAAAAAACUCAAAAAAAUAAAAUUACAUAAAAUGUAUAGUAGUUAAUAAUUUAAAGAACUUUCAAAUUUUAUUUUCAAUUACCCAACUUGACUCUACAUAUUAUUGAUGAAAUUCAGUAGUAGAUAUAUUAUAUUGUUGAUUAUAAUAAUAUAAUAAUACAAUAGAAAAAAUUAAUAAAUGUAAUAUGAUUUUCACUUCAUUUUUUCAAUUUUUCAUUUGGGUUCCUAAUAGAUUCACAUUUUAAAUAGGUACUUAGUAUUUUUUCAUUGUAAUAUAUAGACAUUUUGGCAUUCAUUAUUUUAUUCAAUGUGAAAUUUAUAUUUAUUUAUCUAAUAUUACUGCACCUAUUUAAUCUGUGCACAUUUAUCUAUUUAUCAUUAUACUAUUAGUCAAAAAACUCUAUAAAUACUUCUAUGAAUUUGUAAUUUAUUGUUAUAUUUCAGAAUGAAUGUUAAAAUUUUCCGUCUAAAUUGAAAAAAAAUAUUAAAAAUAUACCUAUUAGGUAGCGUUUUGUUUUCACGGGUAAUACAAAUAUAGGGUCAAAGAAUAAAUAUUUUAAAAAUUUGAAAUUUUAUUUACUCCUUAGUUAAUUGUUUAUAUGUUUCAGAUUUAGAUUUUAAUCAUGUCAGCAGACAUGAUUGUUAUUAAUGAAGACAAAGCAAAUAAUUCUCGAAAGAAAUUAAAAGUGGCACAUAUAAAUUUAGAAAGUUUAUGUGGAGAGGAAAAACCUAUAAGUAAGAAUUUUCAGUUAUCUAAAGAGGAAUCUUCACAUAAAAAUAGUGAGUUAUUAAAAAAGAAACUAGUUAAAAAAGAAAAAAGUUGUGAUUCAAUUGAUAGAAGUUGUAUGAAUGAUGAUGAUAUUUACAAAACUGACAAAUCCUUAGAUUUCAAUAAAGAACAUUCAAAUAAAGAUCAGUUUGUGGAUGCUGAAUUGACAAUUUUAGAUAAUGAUCCUAAUGUUGAUAAAAAUGGUGAUAAUGAAAGUGACAAUUAUGUACAAUUUUCAGAUUGUGAUUUUGAAUUAGAAAAUAAUACUAAUGAAAUAAAUGAUUAUUCAAAUUAUAUUUCAAACGCAAAUAAAAACAUUUUUGAAGAUUCUCCCAAAGCCAACACUGAUGUUAAUGAAAUUGGUAGCUCGCAAAAUAAUAUAAAUGAUUCCAUAAUUAUAAAUGAUGAAGAAAUUGAUAACUUAUUGGAUAAAGCAUAUUUAGAGAAAAAAAAUCCAAAGAAAACUGUCUCUAAUGAUGAUUUUAAAGUGUAUGCAAAAUCUGUGUUAGAAGAAAUAGGUACAAAUCAUUUUGAUAUUUUGCCUGAAAAUUGGAUUGUCACCACUCAUAGGUGUGGUAUGCCCAUAUAUUUACACAAGAGUUCUAGAGUUGUGACCUUAGCAAGACCAUAUUUUUUGGGACCUGGUGAUCCUGCAUCACACUUAGCACCAUUGUCUGCAAUAACUUGUUUACAAUACAAAAAAGGUCUUGAAACUAAAGAACGUUUAAAAAAUGAACCCGAUUUUCAGAUAAGGAAACAAGGCAAUAUGAUUAUACCAAAUGCCAAAGUUGAGACUGUUCAGGAAAAUAUUAUUAAAGAAUCUUUAACACAUGAAGAACUUCAGAAGUAUUGCCAAUCAUUAUUUAAGUGAGUAUUUAUAGAAUUGUGCUUAUUUUUAUAAUUAAUUUAAAUUACAUAUUUCAACUUUAGGUUUAAAAAAGUAAAAGCUCCUUUAAAAAAAGAGGCUCAACCACAACCUACAAGUUCAGAAAGUGAUCCCACACAAAAAAAUACAAAAGAAAGACCUUCAUUGCCGGAUAGUACUAAAUUAAUAUCAUUUCCAGUUCAAAGCGAGGACCAGGAUAAACAAUGUAGUCGUAGAGACUGGCUAAUAAAUCCAAAUGGCAAAAGUUACGUAUGUAUCUUACAUCAAUAUUUACAACAUGUAUUUAAAACCCAACCAUCCUAUGUUUUUAAAAAAGCAGAGAAUUCAGAAACCUAUUCUGCUACUGUUAUCCUUAAUGGUGUUAAGUAUGGUGUUGGUUUCGGUAAUAGUAAAAAGCAAGCAAAACAGGACGGUGCCCGCAUUACGUUAAAUAUUCUCAUACCAGAUAUAAAAAACCAAAUAGAUUCAGAUGAAAUAAACAAAUCUGAACCAGUGAUCUUUGAUCAAAUUAAAAUCACCAAUCCUAGAGUUUCUGAACUUUGUGUCAAAACUGGAGAACUUAGUCCAUAUUCCAUACUAUUAGUGUGUUUACAAAGGAAUUUUGGAGAAUGUGAGGUGAAAAUUGAUUAUUUAUCGAACCAUCGUAAGAUUCUAAAUCAAUGCAAAAUGGUGGUUGAUAAACAUACUGCUUCUGUUCCUUGUAAAAGUAAAAAAGAAGGUAAACAAAAAGCUUCUCAAGUAAUAUUGAGUCUAUUACAUCCACACAUUGACAAUUGGGGUUCAUUGGUGCGGUUGUAUGGUAACCGGAGCAUACAAAAUACUAAAAAAAAAAAACAAGAACAGCAAGAAAUAACUCAGCUCCAAUGUAAAACAGAUGAUUAUCAACCAAAUGUGGCCAUAUUAAAUAAACUUAAAAAUGAAAUGAUUACGGUCGAUAGACAACAUAAAUUGAACAACUCUAAUGCUUACUCUAUGCUAACUAAAUGCCCAUAUACUAUUAACAUAUCAAGCACACCCUCCACAUCUAACAGCAAUUAAUUUAUUAAUAUAUUUAUAU